GUUUUUGUGUUAAAGUUGGAGGUUUUGGACCUUAGCAGAAACCAAUUUCAAGGUCACAUUUCUCAGGUUGGUGUUGUUUCUGAUUAUGACUUGUCUAAAGCAGAAAACAAUGAUGGGUCAGCCUAAUCAAACUAUACCUACUGAAUAUGUCAUGAAUGAAGUUGGUUCAACAGCAACAACUGAAGUUGUUGGAGCAGAAUUAGUUAAUACCCAACCUACAAAGAAGAGGAAAGCUAGUGCAAGUGGUUCUAGGCAAUCAUCUGCUUGUUGGGAGCACUUUAUUAGAUUACCAGAUGACUUAGUUGAUACACCAACUGCAGCUUGUAAACACUGCCACAAAAAAUACCUAUGUGACCCUAGGACUCAUGGCACCACCAACAUGAACCAUCACAUUCUAAAAUGUGCAAAGAAGCCUAGAACCAUUGAUCCCACCCAAACUAUUCUGACAUACCCCUCUGCAGAAGGAUCUAGUUUGGGUCAUGUUAGCUCCAAAUUUGACAAGCAAGCUUGUAGAAAAGCUUUGUCAAUUUUUGUGGUUCUAGAUGAACAACCAUUUAGUGCAGUUGAGGGGGGAGGUUUUAAGUACUAUUCUAAAGUAAUGCAGCCCCAGCUUACUCUCCCAUCUAGGCGUACAGUAGCUAGAGACUGUUUUCAGCUACACUUGGAUGAGAAACAAAAACUAAAAGCCUUCUUUAAGUCUGACUGCAAUAGAGUAACACUUACUACUGAUUGUUGGACUUCUAUCCAAAAUCAAAACUACUUAACCCUUACGGCACACUUUGUGGAUAACGAAUGGAACUAUCAAAAGAGAAUUAUAAGCUUCACAGUUAUUCCAAACCACAAGGGUGAUACGGUAGGUAGGAAGAUUGAAGAGGUGUUAAGGGAUUGGGGAAUUAGGAAUGUGUCUACCAUAACUGUUGAUAAUGCAACUUCAAAUGAUGUAGCUGUAGCAUAUUUGCAUAGAAAAAUAUCAACUAUGAAUGGGAUGAUGGGGGAUGGAAAAUGUUUUCAUAUGAGGUGCGCUGCUCACAUAUUGAAUUUGGUGGUAAAUGAGGGUUUGAAAGAUAAGCAUUUGUCUAUUACUAGUGUUAGGGAUGCUGUUAGAUUUGUCAAGUCCUCACCUCAUAGGGCAGCCAAGUUUAAAGAGUGCAUUGAAUUUGCUGGAAUAACUUGUAAAAAACUAGUAUGUCUCGAUGUUUCAACUCGUUGGAACGCGACAUAUUUGAUGCUUGAGGCUGUAGAGAAAUUUCAAGCUGCUUUUGAUAAGCUUGAGUAUGAAGAGUCGAGCUAUAGGGAGUUCUUUGGAAAAGGUAGUCCUCCUAGUAGUGAUGAUUGGGAAAUUGUUAGAGCUUUCAUAUCUUUUUUAAAGUUAUUCUAUGAAGCAACUAAUGUUUUUUCCACCUCUCAAAGUGUGAGUUUGCAUAGUGCUUUUCACCAAGUGUCUGCGAUCUAUUGUGAGCUGAAGCAAGCUACUAUGAACUUGAAUGGUGUUUUUGCAAGUGUGGGUGGGGACAUGAUGGAAAAGUAUAAUAGAUAUUGA